UGCGCCCUCUUGAGUACAAACACCACUUCACGCGACCUACCCACCAGCUCGCAGUAUGUUUGCGUUGUACAGUUUAUGUUCAUGUAUCCAUGUUGUAAAAUAAUUCACUUUUAUGUCGCCUCCGGUAGUUUUCGGUAGUAUUCAAAGCGUUAGCUCGCUUACUUGAGCUUUUAACCGUACAAACACAAAGCUUAGCUUUGCUGUGCUUGCUAGCUGGCUGUGCAAGAAUUCAAGUGGAGUUUAAGCUAACUCACAGAGGACACAGUCAUGGCUUAUGUGCAGAUACUGAAAGCUCUGCAACAGACAGCCACACAGAAGUGCGUGCUCGUCCACACACACCGGACACUGUCGACAGUAUCGAGACUGACCUUCCUCAGAAGAGUCGAGGCCCCUUCGCCUCUCCUCCCUGCAGUGGGCUGCUUCAUUCAGGCACAGAGACGGCGAAAUAUCUCCCUCGACUUCAGAGCCUGGAAUAAAAGCAACCCCGAAGAAAGAGACAAGUCAGUUUCCAGGUACCAGAGCGGGAGCCCGCAGCCUUCAGCUGCGCAGAAAGUGAAAAAUGCCGGCAGAGAUUUCACCUACUUCAUAGUCGUCCUCGUCGGGCUCGGAGUGACAGGUGGGCUGUUAUAUGUGGUGUUUCAGGAGCUGUUUUCUUCCUCGAGUCCAAAUAAAAUCUACGGGAAAGCAUUCAACAAAGUCAGGUUAGACCCAGAGGUGAUUGGUGCAUUUGGAGAGCCAAUCAAGUGUUAUGGGGAGACUACCCGUCGAGGGAGGAGGCAGCAAGUCAGUCACAUGGAGUACCUGAAGGACGGACGGAAGUAUAUGCAGCUUAAGUUUUACAUCGAAGGCUCCGAGCCCGGCCUUAAAGGAACUGUACAUUCUGAGUCGAAAGAGAAUCCUGAUGGGAACUAUGAGUUUCGUUACAUAUUUGUGGACAUGGACACCUACCCGAGACGGACCAUCAUUGUGGAAGACAACCGAAAAAUAAUGGACUCUGAAGUGUCACUUUACUGAAAAAGCAUCGUGUUUGUUUUAUUGGACAAGCAGCUGAUGAAGUGCUGUUAAUUUCAGUUUAAUUUGCUAUUAAAAACUGCUAUGUUAAACAUAAACAGUUUUGGGCAACAAUGUGCCGGUCGGGUUUUGAUGAAGAGCUUUGCAAACCGCUCUCUUUCACAGAACAUGAUCAUUGUCUCGUGUGUUAUUGGUUUAUAAAUCAUACACGUCUGACGGAUAGUUGUUUUUUUGACAAAAGACUGCAGGAUGACUUCAAUAUUGAAAUAACUGUCACCAAAGGUGUUUGUAAAUUGUAAUAAAUACACUGUGAAAUGAUUCACAGGAAAAGACA